ACGGAAAGCCGAGUGAAGUUGAUGACAACGCUGAUCACCAACUGAGUGGGAGGGCUGCAUCCUUCAGCCGCCAAUCAACAGCUGAUCCAGCAGUGGGGACUGCAGCCGUGGACGAGUGGCAGUCGGUGAUCCAGAGCCAGGUGUGCCAUCAUCAGACAGUGUUGCCAGCCGUGAGGGGAACAAGGAGCCACCAUGUCGGCUGGUGGAAGGAAAAGCCUGGUAUGGGACAUUAAGAAGAGCUUACUCACCUUGUCCGCCGAAGAGCUUCUUCGUGUCGCCAGAGCGGUGGAUCCAGACCUGGAUGUGCAACAGACAGAGCUCGUGGAGGGAGAUCAGGAGGCAGCCAAGCAGCAUUCCAUCGGUAGAACCUGCCACCCAGCCAGCUCACACAGGGAUGAUGUCCAUGAGGGAGCUCGGUUACCUAUCCAGGAGAGAGUUCAAAGUGCAAGGCGGUCAGGUUGGUGAUCAAUCCUCUGACAUCACCUAUAAUAACGUCUGCAAGCAGAUUGAUGAUGGAAUCAUGGAGGGAUUUUCUGAUUCAGAGAUUGUUCGUGGCGUACUCAAAAUCAUAAGACCAGGUGUAUUCAAGGAGAUGUUGAUAAAUAAAGAUGACAUAACAGUAGCUGAACUCAAGGGGUUCCUCCAAACCCAUCUAAGAGAAAAAAACAGCACUGAAUUAUUCCAAGAGUUGAUGUGCACAAAACAAGAAGAGAAUGAGACACCGCAACAAUUUCUCUACCGAGUGAUAGGUUUAAAGCAGCGCAUCCUAUUCACCUCAAAACUGGCUGACACGGACAUUAAGUACUCUGCUGCUACCGUACAAGACGUUUUUCUGCAUACAGUGUACCAAGGCUUUGGACACAAACACACUGAUAUACGUAGGGAACUCAAACCUUUGUUGUCGAGCAGUGGUGUCACAGAUGAGAUGAUCCUUCGCCAUGUGAUGAAAAUUACCAGUGAAGAAAAUGAGAGGAUGAAAAGACUUGGCCUUUCCCGCCGACAGACGGUAACAAACGCACACAGCGCACAACUCGAACCUGAUACGGCGAAGGGACGAAACCCAAAGUCAGAGAGUGUAGAGUCCAAAUCAAACCAAACAAAAUCUGACCCUCUGAGAGACCUCACCGCUAAAGUGGAGGAACUCACAAAACUUGUGAUGACCAUGCAAAAACAAACUGAACUACAGCCAAUACACACUGGGCGUCAAUAUGGCCAAUAUAGGACACAGUCGAAACGUGGAAAAUCAUAUGGUUGUCCAAACUGCUUAGAGCAAGACAGACAGGAUUGCAAACAUUGCUUCAUAUGUGGAGAUGAGGGACACCGUGCCGCAGGCUGUCUAAGGCGACCAAAGAGACAGGGAAACUCCAACCGGCCACUGGAGGGGGACAUCUAGUGACCGAGUCUGGAAGUAAGUCCCAACCAAUAAGCGAGGCCAGGAAUGAGAAGACGCGCCCAUCCUCACCCCCGACCCCAAUAAUGACAAGCACACAAAGCUCCAGCACACAAGUAGCACAGCCCCCUCUUCAACUACCAUGGGUAGCUAAAGCCAGAGCUGUUGCUAGUCUCAUUGGUAAAAGGGCGUUAGUUCAGAGCUAUCUAAAUGGUUUACCGGUCACUUCACUGCUUGACUCUGGGUCACAAGUUAGUAUAGUGAGCCGCACUUGGAAAGAUGAAUACCUCCCAGACCUUACCACUCGCCCAGUUUCCGAGAUUUUAGGGGAGGAGGAAUUGAGAGUCACUGCAGCAAAUGGUGGCC